GUUUCCCCAUUCUGCCGAGCCCAAGUGGCAGGCAUGGUUGUUCCUCCCUCUGCCUUCAGCCCUCCCCCCUCCCCCAUUUCUCCUUUACAUGAUGCCAAUAACAGCAACUGAAAUGCCGUUGGCUUCUGCUUCUUCUUCCGAGCACAAGAGCCAUCUUCACCUUCUCACAAGACACACAUAAAGAGAUAAAGAGAGAUGAGAUAAAGAGAGAGAGAGAGAGAGAGAGAGAGAGAAACCAACCCAUCAAUGAUUUGAUCCUACAGUGUCCAUUAAGGAGGAAGAAGAAGAAGAAGAAGAAGAAGAAGAAGAGGCUCUUGCAAGCUCCAGGCCCGCCCGCACAAAAAAGCAAACAGAAGCUAGCAGUGCUUUUUUUUUUUCUUUUUCUUUUCUUUUUCUUCUGCGGGUUUCUGUUGUUUGGGGCCUGUGAGUUUCAAUGGGGACAUAUUAUGGGGGGGUUUUCUCUUUCUUGAUGUUAUUUUUCUCUGUUUGGUUCUCUGCCAAUGCUGUGCUCUCCCCUAAAGGUGUUAACUAUGAAGUUUGAGAGGAUGGAUGGAUGGAUUAAUUGUUGCUGUUCCAGUGCAAGCAUUAAUGAGCAUAAAGGCUUCACUGAAGGACCCUUGUGGUGUUCUGGAUAGUUGGGACAAGGACUCUGUCGACCCUUGUAGUUGGCCCCUCGUUACAUGCUCUCCCGAGAACUUGGUCAUUAGUCUAGAGACUCUCAGCAAGAACUUGUCUGGGUCUCUGUCUCCAAGCGUCGGGAACUUGACCAACCUCGAAAAAUUGAUCCUGCAGAACAACAGUAUAUCAGGGCCAGUGCCGCCGGAGAUAGGAAAGCUAUCCAAUCUUCACCAGCUCGAUCUCUCUAACAACUAUUUCUCCGGCGAAAUCCCCAUCGCAGUCGGCAAUUUGAGAAAUCUUCAAUACCUGAGACUCAACAACAACAGCCUUUCUGGGGCGGUCCCUCAGUCCCUGUCCAACAUGCCGGAGCUUGCUUUCCUGGACCUGUCUUACAACAACUUGAGUGGCCCUCUGCCAAAGUUCCCAGGUAGAACUUUCAACAUAGUGGGGAAUCCUUUGAUCUGCGCAGCUGGACAGCAGGACUGCUACCAGAUGAUGCCCAUGCCACUCUCCUUCGACUCGAAUAAUUCUCAGAGUUCUCCAGCCACUGGAAAAACUAAAAGUCACAAAGUAAUUGUUGCCCUUGGUUCCAGCGUAGGAAGCAUCUGCUUAGUUAGUCUUGGUUUUGGCAUAUUUAUAUGGUGGAGGCAAAGAUAUAACCAGCAGAUAUUCUUGGACCUAAAUGACCAACACAAGGAGGAAGUUUCUAUGGGGAAUUUGAAGAGGUUUUCCUUUAGAGAGCUUCAGAUUGCGACGAAUAAUUUUAGCAGCAAGAACAUACUUGGCAAAGGAGGCUUCGGAAAUGUGUACAAAGGUCAGUUACCGGAUGGAACACUCAUAGCUGUUAAGAGGCUCAAAGAUGGGAAUGCGGCAGGCGGAGAGAUUCAGUUCCAGACAGAAGUAGAGAUGAUAAGUUUGGCGGUUCAUAGAAAUCUCUUAAGGCUUUGUGGGUUUUGCAUGACUACAACGGAGAGGCUUCUCGUUUAUCCCUACAUGUCGAACGGAAGUGUUGCAUCCCGAUUGAAAGCUAAACCAGCAUUGGAUUGGGGUACAAGAAAGAGAAUAGCCCUGGGGGCUGCAAGGGGCCUACUAUAUCUACAUGAGCAAUGUGAUCCCAAGAUCAUUCACAGGGAUGUGAAGGCCGCAAAUAUAUUGUUAGACGACUAUUGUGAGGCCGUGGUGGGGGACUUUGGCCUUGCCAAGCUUCUUGACCAUAGAGAGUCACACGUCACCACUGCUGUGCGCGGGACUGUCGGCCACAUUGCUCCCGAGUAUCUUUCCACUGGCCAAUCCUCGGAAAAAACUGAUGUGUUUGGAUUUGGCAUCCUACUUCUGGAGCUGAUUACUGGUUUGACGGCAGUGGAAUUCGGGAAGGCAGCUAACCAGAAAGGAGCCAUGCUUGAAUGGGUAAGAAAAGUACACCAAGAAAAGAAGCUUGAUAUGCUAGUGGACAAGGACCUGAAGCACAUCUAUGAUCAGAUCGAGCUCGAGGAGAUGGUCCAAGUGGCGCUCCUAUGCACCCAAUAUCUGCCAGGCCACAGGCCUAAAAUGUCCGAGGUGAUCCGCAUGCUAGAAGGCGACGGUCUUGCGGAAAAGUGGGAAGCCUCCCAACGAGCCGAGCCGCACAAGUUCAAAAUGCCCGAGUUCUCGUCCUCCUCCGAGCGGUACUCCGACCUGACCGACGAUUCCUCAUUGUUGGUUCAAGCAAUGGAGCUGUCUGGACCGAGGUGAUUUUGAUUCAUUAUAUGAAAGGAGGACCUGAGCUCUGCAUGCAUGAGAAGAGAGCCUUAUACAGUAUUUAUUACUGCGAUUAUUAAUUAUAGGUAUUGAUCGAUCUUUGUGCUUGAUGGUAGUUUCAGGUAGCUAGUGUGGAAAUGGUUAAAUUCUGCGUUGAGAGCUAUAUCAUGCGAGUGAGAUGAGCGUCGUAAGGUCCUGUAUAAAAAUAGCUCGAUUAUUAUUCAUGAGCAAGAAAUAGGGUCUCUAUCCAGCGAGAUGGAAUUUUUGAUCUAAUUGAUUAGUCAAGUACUCAAACUCAGGUUGGCGAAAUUGUUUGAGAGUAUAUAAUUAGCAUGUAAACAUUGUGACUACACUGUUCAAUUAAUUAAUUUUCCUAUCUCCCAACUUCCGUUCUA